UGGCCAAAGCCAGAGAUCAGUGUGGUGGUGCUUGGGCUUUAGCGAGCGGGGAUGAAAGGUUGUAAACAUGGCGGCGGCCUUGGACGACGAUGAAAUUGACAACGAUGACUACUAUUCUCUUCUUAAUGUCAGAAGAGAGGCAACUCAGGAUGAGCUAAAAGCGGCAUAUCGGAGACUUUGCAUGCUCUACCAUCCCGAUAAGCAUAGAGACCCUGAACUGAAAAGGCAGGCAGAACAACUUUUUAAUUUGGUCCAUCAAGCUUAUGAAGUAUUAAGUGAUGCACAGUCCAGAGCUAUAUAUGACAUCUAUGGCAAAAGAGGUCUGGAGGUCGAAGGAUGGGAAGUGGUGGAGAGAAGGAGAACUCCGGGUGAGAUUCGUGAGGAGUUCGAACGUCUCCAGAGAGAGAGGGACGAGCGGAGGCUGCAGCAGAGGACCAACCCUAAGGGGACAAUCAGCGUUGGUGUGGAUGCCACAGACCUCUUUGACCACUAUGAAGAGGAUUACGAAGAUGUCCCAGCCGGGGGCUUUCCUCAUGUGGAGAUAAACAAGAUGCACAUAUCUCAGUCUAUAGAGGCACCGCUGACCACCGCAGACACCGCCAUUCUCUCUGGUUCUCUCUCCACACACAAUGGCAAUGGAGGGGGAAACAUCACCGUUGCGUUACGCAAAGUCACAUCUGCAAAAGGGUGGGGAGAGGUGGAGUUUGGAGCUGGAGAUUCGCAUGGGCCACUCGUUGGAUUUAAAAUCUUCCGCAACUUGACAACCCGCUGCUUCAUGACUGCUCAGUGCGGGAUGCAGUUCUCGUCCCGUGGUGUUCGGCCGGGGGUCACUACUAUGCUUGCGCGUCACCUGGACAAGAACACUAUGGGCUACCUGCAGUGGCGCUGGGGCACACAGUCCUCCAUGAACACCAGCAUCGUCAGAGACACUAAGAGCUCCCACUUCACCCUCGCUGCGCAGCUGGGGAUACCUCAUACCUUCAUCAUGAUGAGUUACCAGUAUAAGUUCCAAAAUGAGGACCAGACCAAGAUUAAGGGCUCGGUCAAGUCAGGAUUCUUUGGGACUGUAGUAGAGUAUGGUGCUGAGACAAAGAUCAGUCGACACAGCGUUCUGGGGGCGACUGUCAGUGUCGGAGUGCCACAGGGUGUCUCUCUAAAGAUCAAACUGAAUCGAGCCAGCCAGACAUACUUCUUUCCUAUCCAUCUCACGGAUCAGCUGAUGCCGAGUGCCAUCUUCUAUGCCACUGUUGGGCCUCUGGUGUUCUAUCUUGCCAUCCAGCGGCUUGUUAUCAGGCCUUAUUUGCGUGCCCAAAAAGAACAGGAUUUGGAGAAGCAUCGGCAGAGUUCAGCCACAGACAUCGCCAAAAAGAAACAGGAAGCCGAGUCCGCUGUUUUGCUGAUGCAGGAGGGCGUACGCAGAAUUAUUGAAACUGAGGAGUCCAAAAUGGGUCUCAUCAUCCUAAAUGCCUGGUAUGGCAAGUUUGUGACGGACAACAGCAGGAAGCAUGAAAGGGCAAGGGUCAUUGAUGUGACUGUCCCGCUGCAGUGCUUGGUGAAGGACUCCAAGCUCAUUCUCACAGAAGCCUCAAAGGCUGGUUUACCUGGGUUCUAUGACCCCUGCGUGGGUGAGGAGAAGGGCCUGAAGGUGCUGUAUCAGUUCCGAGGAGUGAUGCACCAGGUGUUGUCCGGCGACACAGAACCUCUCAGGAUACCAAAACAAUCUCACAGAGUUGACAAUGACACCUAGGACCUCUGCUGGGCGGAGGAGGAGAUGACUUUGGAAGGACAGACUUGUUUGAGACUUGGAUACCUGCUGUGCCCUAGAAGUCAUACAUAUGUGCAUCCAUCUGUACGGUGUUCAGUUUUAAAAGGUUUUCCAGGAAAGAUGUGUAUGAAAAUGGACCUGUUUUGGAUGCAGUACUAUAAUGAAGAUCCCCUGGAAGGUUGUAACCUUUCAUAUAUGUAUACUGAAGGGUGGCUUUUUUUGGUUCCCAUUUGAUUUCUAUACUUUCUGACACCCCAGUCCCCUCCUAAAAGAGCAUAUCCAACAGAGGUUUUGGCCAGUGUAAUGACCUUAUGUAUGAAAGGAGGAUGAACGCAGCUCCAGUGCCUCUAUUUAACUCUCGUGAGAGUUUGAUGUCACUCCUGAAUACUUGCCAUGUGAAGAUGUGGGAAGCAUGCUGCCCAGCCAAUUCAGUGAAUUGCACAGGAAACAAAAGAUAGUCAUGCCCAGCUGUCAGCUUUGUCUUGCAUAAUGACAAUAGUAUUUUUUUAAAUGGCACAAAAUAAAUGAGCUUGAGAAACAUCUUGUGGAAUACAAAUAGUUAAUUGUUAAUGAUUAUUUUGUCCUUGUGUAUUAUUUUAUCAUUUAUUGUUACAAGGACUUGGAGUGCUCAUAGGUUAGUGUCAUCUUAGCUUAAAGAUGAAUGUUGUAGAAUGUUGUAUUCAAGAACAUGUAAUGGAACACGUUGGCAUGCUCAGAACAAUUAUGUUCUUUGGAAUGUGCCUAAUUAUAUUGAUCUCACAAAGCUGAAGUGAAUCAUCAUAUUCUUAGAAGUUGUGAAUAGUAAAGUUGAGUUACCUUUACUGUCGCUGAAAUAAGAUUGCAGCAACUUCACUCCCUACAUAAAGUAAUGUAACUGCCUUCUUUUUGGGGACAGAAAUUAGACUUCAGAAAGAGACUUUGGUUCUAAAGCUGUUUGCAAUGUUUUUCAACCUAAUUAGGCAAUCUCUUCUGAUUCAUCUUUUAUCAUCAUUUAAAUCACUAAAUCACAUUUGUACUCUAUAAAGUGGCCAGGAAUUGACGUCAAUUUGUGUCUCUGGUGCCAUAUGGUUAAAAACACGAUUAUUUCUUCUUCCUCCUUUUCACUGCACCGAUGCCUCAUGGUUAAGGGAAUAAUGAUCUGUCAGUUACUUGAAGUAUUGAUUGGUUUGUCAUCUCUUUAUUGAGAACUGGCAGGGAACACUAAAGAUGUAUGAGUGCCUACACAAAGUGAUUUGUAAAGAAAGACACGGGGUGGGUGGUAAAAUUAAAUAAAUAUCUACAAUAUUGUGAA